CAGCUCGGCCAAAUCGGCGGCCGCAGGUCCGGGGGAUCUUCCCUCCUCAGGGAUCGAGCUCAGGUCUCCCACGUUGCAGGCAGAGUCUUUACCAUCUGAGCCACCAGGGAAGCCCUCCACUUGCCUCCCUCCCAAGCCCUCUCCUGGACAAGGGUAUAAGCCUCAUAAGGGAGGGCGGCGGCAUGGAGGCGCGCUUCACGCGUGGGAAGUCGGCGCUGCUGGAACGCGCGCUGGCCCGGCCGCGCACCGAGGUGAGCCUGAGUGCCUUUGCCCUGCUCUUUUCCGAGCUGGUUCAGCACUGCCAGAGCCGCGUCUUCUCCGUGGCAGAGCUGCAGGCGCGCCUGGCGGCACUGGGCCGCCAGGUGGGUGCCCGCGUCCUGGAUGCGCUGGUGGCUCGCGAAAAGGGUGCCCGGCGCGAAACCAAGGUGCUGGGUGCCCUGCUGUUCGUUAAGGGCGCCGUGUGGAAGGCGCUCUUUGGCAAGGAGGCCGACAAGCUGGAGCAGGCCAAUGACGACGCCCGCACCUUCUACAUCAUCGAGCGCGAGCCGCUCAUCAACACCUACAUCUCCGUGCCCAAGGAGAACAGCACGCUCAACUGUGCCAGCUUCACCGCGGGCAUCGUGGAGGCGGUGCUAACGCACAGCGGCUUCCCCGCCAAGGUCACGGCGCACUGGCACAAGGGCACCACGCUGAUGAUCAAGUUCGAGGAGGCGGUCAUAGCCCGAGACCGGGCCCUGGAGGGCCGCUGAUCCCCCCAAGAUAAAGGAAGCAGACAGUCCCCUUC